UUAAAAAAACAAAAUGGCAGACGGCUCCAUGGUCAAGACAAGCGAGAAGCUGUACCGGAUCCUAGCCUUUGGGGACAGCCUUACCACAGGAAAUACAGGAGGUGAGCUAAAUGAAGCUAUGGACAAGCCUUACACGAUUAGCCUCUCGAAACUACUGAGAGACAACCACCCUGACUACGCGUUCAAGGUAGACAACAGAGGGAUUUACGGCGAGUUGGUUUGCGGUGAAAUGACAGAAAGAUUACCUAGGGUUCUACAUGAAAGCGGACCGUACGAUUUAGUGAUUAUUUUGGGAGGAACCAAUGACAUCAUUGAGGCUAAGAAAGAUUUAGAAGAUACACUCUUUGAAGGAAUUACAAACUUACAUGCUGCGGUCGUAAGUCACGGCGCAAAGGUCAUUGCGCUUACAAUCCCAGAAACUGACCUUUACUUCAAAGAUCUUAGGGAAAAUGGUUUGUGUUGGGUCAAGGAAGAAGGAGAAAACAUUCGUUUGUUGGUAAAUGAGAAACUAAGGGAAUCUAUUGGGAGGAAUGAAGAAAACGUUCACAUCACUUUAUGUGACUUUGCCGUAAAGUUUCCUCAACAAAGCUUGUGUGACAAAGAUUUGCAGGAAUUAUGGAGCGAUGGUUUGCAUUUUACAGAAAAAGGCUACAGUAAGAUGGCAGAAAUAAUCUAUGAGGACAUGAAGCAUCUUUUCACGUCCAGAAUGACACAAAGAGAAUAAUUUUAACUUUUUUAUUCAGGUACUUAUAUGUUUUUCAAUUAAUAUACACGCACAUCUAUAAUGAAAUGUUCUUAAGGUCUAGUGUAGUUCGAUGAUGUGCUUGUAAAUGAUGUCCAGCCAAUGAGUUUCUUGCACUCUUUGACACUGAACAAAUCGAUUUAACUUGCCGAGUUGAGCAACCAUUUAAUACCAGGCAGGACUCCAUCCAGGUUUUCAACACAAGCUGAAUUUACCUAAAAGGUAAUAAUAACAUUUUUCAUGCUUUGUUCAAAGGCAAAAACAGAGCAUUACUGAACAGUAAAUAAGAAUUUCCAAAAUUUUUGGUUUAGAGCUGAUGAAUAUUAAACAAAUUUGCCUCCCAUUAAAUUUUUUUCCUUUUUUUUAAUGAAAGCUGAAGAAAAAAAUAGAAAGAAAGAGAGAUUCCCAGCAGUCAUGGACCUUUCUUAUUAUUUUCUAGGUUAUCUGAACAUAAAUAUUAAUUAUAGUAGUCUGGUUUCAGCAAACAUAUUUUAUAAAAUAAUUCAAAUAGUAUGCGCACUCUGAUUGGCCAUAAAACCAUUUUACAUGAGUGUUUGUAAUCACAGUUUUCAUUCCUCUUUCAUUAGUUAUUUUAUAAAAGAAAUGUAAAAUGGUUUCCGUGUUUACAUAGCCCGAUGUAAACACACGGGAGGUUGGGAGAACACUCGAUAAGCUAGAAACCACUCUGCUUUGCGUCGUGGUUUCCUACACUUAUCUCGUGUUCUCCCAACCUCCUGCGUGUUUACAUCAGGCUAUGUAAACACAGAAACCAUUUUACAUUUCUUCAGUUGAACAUGGCCAUUAAUAUUCCUGCAGCUCAUCAACCACAAUGUAACUCUAGUGCCAAAAAUGCAUUAACAUCCAUCACUGCUUGUCAAGAGAUUUCCA